CCUGCACUCGAGUCGAAAGGGAUAUGACCACAAUUCUCUCCCUUUCCAUGAUUGACGGCUCUCGGCGAGAUAAGCGGAUGACCGGCAAAUGCAGAUUUAAAAAGCGUCAUGAAAAUGUCUUCCCAUACGUGGUUCGUGGGUGGUUCGUUAGGUAGAAGGACUCGACCCGGUUAAAAUCCCCUUCUCCCCGGGUAUAUUGUGUUAUCUAAGGCCCAGCCGCGCCGUAGCUCCAAUAUAUCGAUAUUAACAAUAAAUGAACUUAACCUUGUUUCCAGGGAACGACUAGACUCUUCUUAUCUCUCGCGGAGGAGGGGGGUUAUGACGAAUUGCCCCGGAAGGCUUUUGUAUAAAUGUGGGUGUCGACGGCGACGAUCAGGGCAUGUUUUGAGAAUAACAAACAGACGACAGCAACAAUUGCAACGACAUCAAAUACUUAAUCAUCUAGAUAUACAUCACAGCAUAUUAGCUGAGAUUAAUACUUCAAUCUUCGCUAAGAAAAGUAGUUCACCAUGUACCGCGUUGGCAUUACCGCCCUAGCCCUCGCGGCUUUGGCCUCCGCAGCCCCCAUCUCCGAGCCGUCGAAGACCACGGAGCAGAGGGAUUUCAUCGUUCCCGACCCGAACAGCUGGCUCCCAGGAUCAGGCAGCCCGCCGCCGCCGACCUUCACUCUCUUACCUCCCAUCACCGGAGGCUUGGAGCCGUCGACCAAGAAGCGCCAGGGCACCGUCGUGAUCCUCCCGCCUAUCACGGGCGGCCUUGACCCGUCCGACAAGAAGAAGCGGCAGGACACGAUCGGAAUCGGCGACGGCAGCUCCGACCCCGUUAAGGCACACAUCACGGCCCUAGAGCUCGAGUAUGAGGCUUUGAUCCACAACUUCGGCACAAACCCACCCAAGCCUGUUGCCAAGCGCAUUGCCUCCAUCAAGGACGAGCUCCUGACCAAGUACGGCAUCAAGAUCAUCCAGUCCCCCGACGGCACCACGACCACCUUCGUGCCCGGCAAGCGAAGCGUCGUCGACAACGACUACGUUCCCGGCGGCCCCUUCUUCCCUCUCCCGGGCUUCCCCGGCGGUCCGAUCACCCCCGACCCCGUAGUCCCGGGCGGCCCCAUCGAGGUCAGCGACUAGACGGAGGCGCAGCAGCCGACCGCUAGCAACGCCGGAGAGUUGGGGGGGAGUUCCUUACUAGGUACCUACUGAAUAGGGGCAGGUGUUGGUGGAGGAGCUUUUCCUUGUACGAAAGAGAACGUCGGACGCGAAAAAGAAAGACCGAGCGAAGGGAUCUAGGGGCGCUGGCGAUAUCCGGGUUGCUAUUUUCCUUUCUGACGCUCUGAGAUCCACUUAGAUCGUUACCAAUAGUUUAGUAGUUUUUUAUUAUUUUU